AUGGAUCGCUCCCAGUUCUCCAUCGGCGAGAAGAUCCAAGCCAAGGCCAAGAGUCCACCCUACAACUACAACGAUGCUUACCUCGCGGAGCGCAUGGCUGAGUUCGAGGACAGGCUCUUUGACGCGGGGUACGAGGACCUCCCGGCGGAGCAGAUGAGAUGGCAGGUUCAGCGCUGGAUUUGGGACUCUCUCUUCCCCAACGAGAAAGAGAGCUUCCCAGGUCUGACGCCGAACAACCUCACCAUCUCACCGCGCAAGAGUACCGAAGCGCCGGUGCUAAACGUGAAUAUCGGAAGAGGAGAGCAAGAGCAUGAGAUGAAGAAAAGCAAGCUCGAUCCGAUGGAGACGAUCAGAGAGGAAGAAGAAAAAGAAGAGGAUGAGGAGCAAGAUCAGAAGCUACAGAGGACAGCCAGCAGCAUGGACAUCUCUAUGAUGACAGAUGCUGCUGUUGCUUCUUGCCUAGUAUGCGGGUCAACCAGCCACGACACCGACUGUACUUCCAAGGUCAUCCACGAGCGCGUUCUUGACUGCUCUGUGGCGGGCCAUGGACUUUUUGUCUUUGGCACAGCGAGCGGUUGUCCUAAAUGCAGUGAUUCAGGGAUACAAUUGGCGUGGAACAAGUGUGGGGAGGGAUGGCUACACACAUCAUACGCGAUUACAGCUUCUAUGAUUGUAACAGCCACUGAUAUCUGCAUGUAUAGGCGGGCAUCUAGGGCUAUCCGGUAG